GAGCGAUCGAUGCGCAAAAACUGCAGACCGUGCAACAAGCCAGUCAAAAGGACAUUCUGUUCACCGACACGUUAAAAGUCUUGAGCGCUCAUCAACCGAGAAUCAAGAAACAUCUGUGUCGCCGUAACCUAGAUCCCAAAUGUCGGAGUCCACUUUAGAGAAACCUGUACCCCCACCCGGCGACUAGCGGCCCGCGCGAGGCUUCUGUCGUAUUGUGCAGACGAUCAAAUGCAGGCCGCACAUACAACCCGCAUGUCUAACACUGUGAAAUAUUUAAACAUGGAUUCCCUUCUCCAGAUGUGUGUGUGUAUUCUGUUGUUUGGGACCUUUUCGUGUCGGGCCUCCAGUAUACCAAGUUAUGAUGUGAUAAGGAACACCCCUAAAGUAAUCAAGGUCGUUCAGAAUUCUCCCCUGUUACUGAAUUGUACAGACUCCACAACAUGGUGGACGGAAUCCGGGGUCAGGUUCACAUGGUUCAAGAACGGAGAGGUCGUGACCUCGGACAAGAGAGUCACGGUGAGCCAGAACGGAUCUUUAUACAUCCCCAGUACGAAAAAGAAGAAAAGGCGGGGCUGGAACGAUGAAGGACUGUACGAGUGUCACAUGACCGUCUCCAUGGGAACGGUGAUUGGGAGGAGUGUCAAGAUAAAGAUAAUACGAAUAUCAAAGGCAUUUAUCAAAGUUCCCAAGAGUCAGGUGGUGGAUCCGGGAGGGGUGGCCAGAUUUGAGUGUCGGCUUAAAGCCAAACUGCCCACCCAGGUCAGAAAGUACAUCUGGAAUAAGAACAGGAAACAAAUUACCUCCAAUGACAGGUACACAGAGCUACCUACAGGAGUCUUACAGAUAUACGACGUACAGACCUCGGAUCAGGGGUCCUAUUCCUGCUCAGUGUUAAUUACACUGGGGGAAAAAGAUCUACACCUGGCAGUGUUCAAACAUAGCAGAGAGGCAACACUCACAGUACUCAAUGAAACAUCACUGGAAGCAAAAAAAUCUAAAGCCCCAAAGAUAGUGAAUAUUAGUGCCAAAGUCAAUUCUACAGUGGGGAGCUCAGUCAUAUUGGAGUGUCAGGCGGACGGACAUCCUACACCCACCAUAUCAUGGCAGAAAGUCAACAUAGAUGACCAGACAAAAGAGGAACCAGUUGAGGAUGGACUCAGAGUGAGGCGAGUAGGGGUGGGAAACCUUAAGUUUACAACAGUUGUAGAGACAGACGGUGGAUUAUACAGAUGUGUGGCAUCAGCUCCCGGAUUCAACAACAGCACAGCUCUAGUCAAACUCAAUGUCAAUUAUCCCCCGACCCUGGUGAAGACCCCCAGCAGUGGGGACUUUCAUGUGGUCAACAGAAUCAGGUUAUACUGUAGUGCCCAAGGCACACCCACCCCCUCCCUCACCUGGUACCACAAUGGACAGAAACUACAGGAGGACGCGGGGCACAUUGUGUUUCAGGACAGCAAUAGUCAGCUGGUGAUAAUAGAGAGUCGGGUGUCGGAUUCCGGAUUUUAUCAGUGUAUUGCUGAAAAUCCCUACGGAUCUGAAACAGCCACAGCCAGGAUCCAGGUCACACUUGGUGAGAACGCUCCCUCUCCUCCGAGGCUGGUAGAGGCGAGGCCAGUGUCUGAGUCCCAAAUCCUCGUGACCUGGGAGCCCCCGGUCUGCUGUGAUGUGUUUGUGUACACAGUUCACUAUAAUUGGAUCGUCCCUGACACAAAUGAGGAGAGAUCGGAGCAGAUGGUAGACCAGAGUAACCAGUACCUGGUCCAGCAGCUGUUACCAUACACCACUUACCACUUCUUCAUCCGCGCCUACAAUGGCGGCUUCUCCAGCAAGAACUCCGACGUGGUGUCCGCCACCACCUUACAGUCAGUUCCUAGUGCUGCCCCCAGAAUUCAGACCUCAAGUCUAAAAGUGGGAACCAUCACGAUAGAAUGGUCCCCAUUAUUAAAGUCAGAACGGAGAGGGGUGAUCUCAAGAUACAAAAUCUACAGUCAGUUACAUGGAGAAAACUCACAGAAGGUGGAGGAGAUUAACAACAACACACACACUUAUACCAUUAAAGGUCUCCUCCCAGACCGAGUAUACAGUGUGAGGGUGCUGGCGGGGACAGAGGUGGGGUACCCCGUACUGAAGGACGACAGGUGGCCCUGGGUGUCACAGAGGACUCUCUCCAAGGACAGCACCUACCCUGUAAUACCAGCUCCUGAUUUAGAGGUGGUGCCCCUCAACAACUCGGCAGUGUGGAUCUCCUGGGAGGUCAGUAACUCCUCUAUGGAGGUCCUGGGUUACCAGCUCUACAUCAAGAGAAAGAUAGGACCCCCACUGACCAGAAGUUUACAGCUCCCCAGGGAAACCAACUUCACUGUCGUUAACCAUCUCGAGAAUCGUAUUUACUAUGAGGCGGUGCUGGAGGUACAAGGAGAGAAUGAGACUCUGGGUAAGGCCAGUCGACUAUUCCAGGUCCUCAGUCCCCUGCGGUCCCCAGAACCUCCCCCGCCAAUGGAUGUCAGGGUGUUCGCCAAGUCGCCUCAAUCAGUGUCCCUUAACUGGACCCGCCCUCACUGGGAGGCGGGGAUCAGCUACUACACGGUCCGCUACCACAUCAGUAACGACGACCGCAAAAUCAUGUACGAGAGGAGUGAUUCCCAGAACUAUACACUACAGGACCUGACCCCCUACACCACAUACACUGUCUCUGUGAGGUCCCACUCUCCACAGACCACCGGGCCAUUCAGUACCCCCCAGGACAUCACCACUCUAGAAGAUGUUCCCAGCCCCCCAGAGGACGUGACUCUGUACCCCCUGAGUAAGGACGAGGUCCAGCUGAUGUGGAAUCCCCCCAUUAAGAAGAAUGGGGUCAUUGUGUUCUACAUCAUACAGUAUCACCAACGCCAGACUGACCCAGACUUCCUGUGGAGCUCCAUACACAGUAACGGUACAAUGACCCAGGCGGUAGUGAAAGACCUGACCAGCACUGUUUACUUCUUCAAGUUGAGGGCGUGCACCACCGCGGGUCAGGGGCCACCCUCCAAUGUGGUGAAGGUGGUGCUCAGUCCGUGUAGUGUACCAUGUGACGGACAUAACUCCUCCCCUCCUGUCUCCCCCAAAUCUAAGCCCUCAGACAGUUUUCUGAGGGACCAGAGGUUGGGGAUCGUGGUGGGGUGUGCCAUCGGACUGACCAGCAUCAUUGUGUGUAUCCUGGUCAUUGUUCUCAGACAAAGACAUUACGCUAACCUGUACCGCCACUCCACCCAGACCCUCACCGUACCUGACAUCAGGUCACGGUACCAGCAGCAGAGUUACCAGAUCCACGAGGCCCACAGACUGAUAAUGAUAGAGGCACAAAAUAAAGAUGGUGGUAGAGGUGGGGCUGUUUUGACCAGUACUGGGAAACUCCUAGCUUUGACUUCCACAGCCAGACAAACAGACAAAGUCAACUCAGACACAGAACAGGAGCCUGGGGAGCAAGCCUGUCUUCUUUGGAACCAACAGGGACUACAUCAUGCCCACAGUGAUGGAAACCAGUCUCUGUCCAAUGACAGUGGAGCUAGCCUGUCAUGUGACAUAAGGGGUGUGUCUCCAGAAUCCUCCAGUGAAAGACAUGCUGACAGCACCUGGGGCUCAUCACGGGGUAACCAUUAUUUGGGGGAGGCCUCAGGAGGGGCAUCUAAGAGGUCAGUGGGUCGUGACAUCAGUCCUGAUACAGACGUGGGAGAUAAACUCUACAGUGACACCAUGAUGAGUCAGAGUGAUGAACUGCUGAAGAAGAUGAUGCAGGCUACGUCAGCAGACCCUCUAUCACUGAACACAGACAGACUGAGACAGGAUUCAUCAGUGGAACCACUAACACAGAACACAGACAGACUGAGACAGGAUUCAUCAGUGGAACCGCUUACACAGAACACAGACACAUCCUGCACAGCUUCUACUUCAAAUCUGAACACCUCACCAACAGAAGCUGAAUCAACAGAGGAUUACUCAGACUCUAUAAACCAAGGAACUCUUGAAGAGGACAACGUAACACAGUCCUUCAAAUGUGGGUCAAAGUCUGCUGACCAUAGGUCACAGUCCACUGAACAUGUGUCACACUCUGAUGAACAUGUGUAACAGUGGACUGUGCCUGGAACAACUGCUGGUAGAUUUAGAUAUGUUGUCACCAAAAUGUUGGUUGCUGGUAAUGGUUGAAAUAAUUGAAUGAUUCUUUUUAUCCAAUCAAAACAGGCUGUACUAAGCCUUUCUACCUCCACAAAAUACAAGCAGGAUUUUUUAAAAUUUGAUAUAUACAACUAUUUCAGUAGCUUCACAUUUUGCUCUUUUUCUCUUAAAUAGAAGCAUUAGGUUGAACAUGUUGAACAACCUUCAACUCGAGAUUAUUUAGCAAGUUUGUUUUUUAUUUAAUAUGUAAAUGAUUUUUUAUCAAUUCAAGUAAUAAAAGGCUUAAAAUUGAUUAAGAAUUUUUAAAAUAUCUUUUAAAAAAAAACACUUCACAAUGACCUUGAAAUUUUACUUCAUUGGAACUUGAAUUGUUAAUCUUCUGUUCAACUUUUGUAAAUUUUUUAAUAAUUAAUAAUACGUUUUAGAAAGUGGUGACUUUUGAUUUAGGUAAAAAUCCAUGGUUAGAAAAAAAAAUUGUGUAUCAUUAGUAAGGGAAAAAGAAACACAUGUUCAAAUAUUUAAAGAAUAAAUACAACAAGUCUACCUAAGUAAAGUUAAUAUACCUCAAAUUGUCAGGUACGUUUUACCUCAAUAUAUUGUUAUCAUUAAGGCCUUACGUCAGAGCCACAGAUUUCAGUCUUGUCAGCUGAAGCAGCACCUGUCAUUAGCUUUAUCUUUUGUGUAUUAGUACACGCCAAGACUUGUGGUUCUUCUUGACCAACCGCUCGCAUCAUUGCUGUGUAUUUGUAUAUACCUCAUGUUAAAGACUUCUACCCCAGCAUGUAGUUCUAUUCAGGGCCGUAUUUAUUUAUUUUCAUUUCCUUUUUGAAAAAUACCUCUUGAAUCAGUUUUGGAGAGAGAAAAAUGAGAAUAAAAAAUAAGCAGCCAAAAUUUUGUGAAGAUAAUUGCUCCACAUUUUAUGGUUUAUACCUCUCUUGUCUAGUGUAAAACAUAUCAGGGAACUAGAUCUUGUUGAAGCAACAGACUUUGAUCUUGGUGUACAUUUUUACUUUGUGUUGACUUUGCACGGACACUGCAACUUUACUGUACACUGAUACAUAGAGAAGUGUACACACACUCUUGUACAGCCAUAUAUAGUAAUGUACAGUGUAACCUUGUUGUGUAGUGAUCUGGCUCAAUGUUCUGCCUGCCUAACCCAGCUUCUUAGUGUAUUACUGAAUAGUUCUGAACUUAGAAGCAAUUCUUCUGAAUUUUAUUAGGGCACUUAAAUAACUCAUGUAACCUACUGCAAUGUGUUUUUUCUGUUGUUGUUAAAUAGCGCGCUUGAGCUAAAGCUUUUCUGAUCACCUGUUGUCUGGAGGGGCUAGCUAUAUCUCAGUAAAUUUUUCACAUUUUUGACUUUAAACAAAUGGGUAAGGAGGAUUCCUUAUUUUUCAGAAGUAGGCCCAAAUCCAUUAUAAGGUGAGACCAUCAAGAAAAGCAAUAAAUAGGAUUGGGCCAUUAAACAUUUAUGGAAGUUUCAUUGGACUGUGUAGAUUCUAAAUUGUUCAAUUCAUGCCCCUUGGGGCAGUAUUGGACCACAAUACUGAAUAGGGAAGUUUUUGAUGAAAUGCAUAGGAAAACUCUUUAUACACUAUAAUGAUACCACAAAAAAAUGAGAUGGGAAAGCCUCCAGACUUAAAGUAGAUUUUGAAUCAGUCAAAUUUUGCUCUCCAAAAGUUGGGUUUGUGGUCUUAUUAAGGGAUCAAAAAUUAUAUUGAAACAAUCUUUGAAUAACCUCUGAAGGAUCACUGGUCUAGAAAAGAUAAGACUUCAGUGGAAGCUUCCUGAAGUAGUGUAAAUUCAGCUAGAAUGAAACAAUCUUUUAAAAAUGUGAAGAGGAACAUUAGGCUGAGGUAACUCAGGUGAGCAUUGUAGCCAAGGACCCUAAGAUGCUUGUAAAUACUGGAACAUUUUUCUGUUUCUUAGACAAAGGAAUGUGCAGACCAAGAUUGACAAAUAUUACAUCUAGAGAUGUAACUGUAUAAAUAGGUACACCCUCUUUGUUUAUCUGUCUUUCUGUAAUUCCUUGCUGUAUCUGUAAUCAUGUUAUUUUUCUAUGUGUAGUUUGUGAAGACAUUGUGUUCAUAAUCAUACUGGAUAAAUUCUCUAAUCUGUUAAAUUUUUUUUAAAGAAGCUAAUUUUCAUUCAUUUAUAUUUACUAUCCUAAUUAUGUGAGCUAUGAGAUAAUGUUAUUAUUGUGUAGAUCUGUCACAGUAGAUAUUAAGCCCACUGCCUUUGUUUUCUUCAGUAUGCUUAAUGUAAUGUGUUGUCAUGUUUGUUUUAUUCAUAAUAUGCCCACAUUGAAAUGUAAUAAUAAACAUGUAUGUAUUAAAAGCUAGCUACAUGUAUAUAUACAUAUAAAAUGUUGUUUAAGGUGCUAAUACUGGCAUUGUAACACAUAGUUAUUACACUAGACCAUGUAGUUAUAGUUCUAUCAGAUUAAGGUUGAUGGCCUUUUAGUAAGAGAGAUAACUCUCUCUUGAAUUAAUCACUUUUAAAUUCCUGUAUAAAAUUAUCAAGUUUCAAGGCAAUUUCUGUGAAAUUUUUGCACUACAAAAUAUGCAGAAAUCUUUUCCAGUUUAAUAACAAGUUAGAUUACU